GACUUUCACAAAACUGAGAAUAUAUAUAGCAUAGUUUUCUGCUCAACUAAUCGUCACAACCAAUAUUUAUUACCUUCAAAUGCUUAUCAUGAAGCUAUGUUAGUUGUAUAUUAAACGAGACAUUGCUAAAGCUUAUUCUUUCUGUUCUUAUCUCAAAUAGUGUUUCAAUUAUUUGUCAGAACGGUUUUCCUAUUUGAUGUCCAAAAUUAUGGCUGAUUCCAGAAACCAUCUCUGAAUAAUCCGUUUAAAUUGUAUAAUGUUUUUUAUUUAAACUUUUCUAAGCAUUCGCAAGCUUAUUUUAAACGUUGAAAACUGACAAACAAUUUAGCUUUACGGUUUGAAAAAUGACUCCCUAAAAGAUCUUAUCUCACACUGUAAAUAAAAUUUUUUCUCAUUGCUUUUCGUUCAUAUUUGAGUUAUAAAUUUGUCUAAACUAGCCCUCUUUGUUUUACCCAAAUGCCUAGUCGAAAGAAUUUCAUGAAAUUUCUGACCCGUUCUCGCUCCAGCCCCGACAGCAAAGACUCAGAUAUGAAGAACAAAAAAGUGGAUACUGAAGUGAAGGAAUGGGCGGAGUCGAAGGAGUGCAGCAAGUCGGUUUGUCUCAAAGUGGCCACACAUGUGAACAAAUACCAACUGAGGGAACUCAAGGAGUGGUUGAAGAGUGACCUGGCCUCCUUCCUGGACUUCUGUCGUAAGGAGAUGGAACUGGAGGGGGCGGAGCUGGUGGACUUCAGUGCCGCUCUCAGAGACACCACGUGGUGAAAAGAAGAUGAUGAGCACACACAUCAUACCUGUCAGAGAUGCUCUUCAAAACAACAUCGCCACAAAAUUAUACUCACUUCCUCUCUCUUUUAUUGCUUUUGUAAAUUUUUUGUGGCUAUUGUUCCCAAGUGCUUUUAAAUAUGCAUAUUAUUUGAGAUGAAAUAAACUAUUUGAAUUUAAUAAUUUAAAAAUGUAUAAAGCUAGUCUAUAAUUUCUUUUGUUAUAAAUUUUUGCACGAAUAAAAAUUUGUAAAAAUUU